AAAAGUCCAAUAAAUAUUUCGUUAUAGUAAAACACUUUUCCCGGAUGAUUCUAGUUCUAUUUCUUUCCUGCUGAAUCGGGAAAAGCAGUUUCAGUUCAAUGUUUGCCGUCGCGUUGUUCACAUCUCCUUACUUAUGUGUUUUGUUUCGUUCAUUAAAUUUUCCACAUAGGAUUUUAAAGGGCACCAUUUUUUAAAAUAGUGGAGUGAUGGACAAAGUUAUAAUUAUUCGCGAGUGAAAAGUGCGAUGCAUCUAAUUGUGUGCAUAAUCAACAGCAACUAAUGAUUAGUUCAUAAAUGAUCAAUUCGACCUCUAAUUAUUAAAAUGAAGAAUGUAACAUCAAGAAAAAAUAUAAUCGAAAAAAAAAUCGUUUAAGGCAGCUUCAAUUUCAGGAUGAAUCAUGUGAAAAUGAUUAAAAAGCUAAAGGAAAUUACUCGAGACAAAAGAAAAGUGAUAAAGUGAUGAAUAUAACAUCUAAGGUCUCGAUAAAGGUAAUUGUAAAAUGCAAAAGAGAGCUCCUUGAAAAAAAUAAAUGGAAAUGAUGAAAAAUUCGUGGUGGUGGAAUGUUACAGAAUGUUCAGUGUAUGCAAUUACAUCUCAACAAUGAAGCGGCUUCUUUCAUCGGAAUUGAUUAGUGAGCGCUAAAACAGAAGAAAAAUGAUGCAGAUUUUGAGGCUUAUCUACUAUUGUGCUUCUUAUACUAAUGACCAAGGAUAACGUGAAUAGGAAGAGUGCAUAAUGAUAUGGUGUUUUCUCUUUGAUUUCAUAAUAUAUGGCUGAAAAAGAGAGAAUAUAUGAUUAUAUGUGUAUCAUAACUAGCCUGCGCAUUGAAGUGUAUAGCCAAAAACCUACGGCUGCAAUGCGACGGGUGAACACAACCAUAAACUUAGCCAAUCUUACCCAAUGUCAUAAAUCGUAAUGGAUGUGCCAAAGCGCAUUCAACCGCUGCUGACGCUGGAUCCGUGUUUGUCUUUUUCCUGUGGUUCAGAACAAGCGUGACAAAUUUUACAAUGAUAAACAAAAUACAAAAAAGAGAAAAGAAAAAAAUGGAUCGUUUAAAACAAUAUCAAUAUUCGAUGAAUCGAAUAAAGUAAUCAGUAAUAAGUACGUCACGACGAGGGGCAACCUUAAAGUGGUAAAAAUGAAUACACAUAAAUGCUUUUCGGUUGCUAAACAAUGAAGUGUUUUCAAUGGAGAAAAUCAACAACAAAUUAAUUAUAAAUGUUAAGUGAUCCAGAGAGUCGUGUUGAUUUGAAAACGUUUCGGAGUGCCUCAAUAGUGAGUUCAAUAUUUGACACUGGUGGAUCAACAAAAUUUCAUCCAUUGGAUCCUAGUGUGACACUUGAACUUGAAUCACCGGAUACUCCUCGCAGAAGGAGUAUUUAUGAUUCCGGUCAGCAAUCACACAUGGGAAGAGCCGUUUCUGCUAGAAGCUUAGUCGAUACUAGGAGAGGAAUUCAACAUAAGAGGGGAUACAAUCCGAUUCAAGCAUGCGUACUUUAGCAAAUUACUGGUACCGAUAAAUACAGAUUCACACAAACUGUUCAUAAACACGGCCUCUUAACAGUUAGGUUUAUCCCUGCACCUGUGAUCAUUUUCCAAGAAAGUAAAAACACAGCUGGUUGAAGGAGUGCCAUCCUAUUUUCGCCGAAAUCAAGGGGGGCCACAACAAAGAGCCCCCAUUAAUUCACCAUCCAGUAGUAAUAUGGAGUUUUUAAGAGGCGUCUAUGCGUUUAUGCAAGUGAGCAGAUCAUCGGUAAAUCAUGUGAAAACAGAUUCCUCGAUAUUUCGAUUACACACCAACGCAACCGUUAUUCUUUUGGUAACGUUCUCGAUAGCAGUAACGACACGACAAUACGUCGGAAAUCCAAUAGACUGCGUCCAUACACGAGAUAUCCCUGAAGACGUGCUUAAUACAUACUGUUGGAUUCAUUCAACAUAUACAGUAGUUGACGCCUUUAUGAAGAAACAAGGUCAAGAAGUGCCAUUUCCAGGAGUAGAUAACUCACAACGAAGCGGUGCAUUGACAAUUAGGCAUACCAAGUACUAUCAAUGGGUAGCAUUUACCUUAUUUUUUCAGGCAAUUUUAUUUUAUACGCCGAGAUGGCUGUGGAAGUCCUGGGAAGGAGGCAAAAUACACGCAUUAAUGAUGGACCUUGACAUAGGCAUUUGUUCCGAAAUAGAAAAGAAGCAGAAGAAAAAAUUGCUUCUUGAUUAUUUGUGGGAUAAUUUAAGGUAUCAUAACUGGUGGGCGUAUAGGUACUAUAUAUGUGAAUUUUUAUCACUAGUGAAUGUGAUAGGCCAAAUGUUUCUAAUGAACCGGUUUUUUGACGGUGAAUUUAUGACGUUUGGAUUAGACGUGAUAACGCAUAUGGAAGCGGAUCAAGAAGAUCGCAUGGAUCCAAUGAUCUACAUAUUCCCGAGAAUGACCAAAUGUACUUUCUACAAGUAUGGUGUCAGCGGUGAAGUCGAACGACAUGAUGCCAUAUGUAUUCUACCACUAAACGUAGUCAACGAGAAAAUUUAUAUUUUUCUGUGGUUUUGGUUUAUUAUUCUGACGAUACUGACGACGUUAACGAUAUUUUAUAGAAUAAUUAUUAUUUUUUCGCCUCGAAUGCGAGUGUAUUUAUUAAGACUAAGGUUUAGGUUAGUUCGUCGCGACGCUAUAGAGAUUAUAGUAAGACGUUCGAAAAUGGGCGAUUGGUUUUUAUUAUAUAGAUUAGGUGAAAAUUUAGAUAGUAUUAUAUUUCGUGAUGUUAUGCAAGAUUUAGCGAAUCGUCUACAUAAUAAUCAACACCAUCGUGUACCUGGUAUGAAAGAUGUCGACAAAAUUGAGUACGGAUUCGGAGUAAAUUUAUUUUGAUUUAAAUUGAACAUACGCCCGACGGAUUUUACUAGUUACACACAUAAAUUACGGAUUAAGUUAUUUGAGAGCUUAUGAUGAUCAUUUCUAAUAUAAUAAAAGAUUAGCCAAACAUGUCUAGAAUCGCAUUACUAAUCAACUGAAUUACACAUUUAUAGUAGACAAAAACAUACAUUCACAAUUAACUUUUCAGUAGAGACAUUUGAUUGAUCUCACAAUUUCCAUCUACAUAUAGUCAAUCUUAGAGAUUUAGUAAAACAUAAAACAACUUCACAAACAAACUGGCAAACAUCAUGACGAAAUCAAAGUGAAUAAAUAUCGCAGAAGCUAACAGAACCCUCAAAGUGAUGCAAAGCAAUUCUUCCCAAACGUAUUGCCAAUAAUUUAAAUGAUUAAGAAGUCCUUGAUUAGUUUGAAGAUCGUUGCAGUGAUUAAAUCAGUUUCAAAUAUUUAUAAUGUGGGAGAAAUCAAAAUUGUUUAAUUAUUUAAUUUUACAAUACUAAUCAAACCAUCCAAAAGCGUGAUAAAGUUGAAGAAAUUACUCAAAUUUUGUUGAAUCGUUUUGGAAUCAGUGUUACGCUAUUUCUCUCUGAGGUACGGCACAAUAAUGCCUAUUGAUAACACGACGAUUUGCAAAAAUGUGUUUGUUUCUAGCAAGAUCACACAUUAAGUAUCGUAAUAAUAGUGUUUCUUAAAGUGGUACAUAUACUGUUCUCCUUAGUGGGUCCCAGAUAUAUUUUUUUCAUUUCCCUAAAUAAUCAUGGUAUGCUUUAAAAAUACGUAUAAUUUUCACCAAUUUUUAUGUACUGUGUUACACCGAGGGAAAUAUUUCCCAAUGGCCUUAUGUAUAUUGUAGGUCGAGUUAUGAUAUUUGAAUACUGAUGACACCAAUACGAUUUUAGGUUAUUCUUCGAAAUCUGUUUUUGGGUACAUACAUAAGUGUAUACUAUCGUGAAUGACUCAAAAGUUUUCUGCCGAUUUUAAAUCUUUUUUACAGCGAUGUAUAGCAUAUACAUUCCAUGUCGUUUCUGACGAGAGUAGUAAUGUUUUCGAUAACAAGACUUUUUAAGGUAUAGGGGACAGUUUUGUUUCAAAAAGCAGGAAAAACACAAAAUAAAAAUAAAGGGUUUCAGAACAUCGUUUGAUCACCCUUGCCGGUGUUUAUUCUAUACUAUGAUGCUAAUUCUUCACCACCUGUCAGAAGAUUCGAGAGAUUCGAAGUGACGGCCACGAGAUAUCCGAAGAUUUUCAAGGAAUUUUUAGGGGUUCUGAUGAAUAUCACUAAAUCGUUAUGGCAGCCAAAAAUAUCAACUAAAAAUAAAUAUCACAACGUGAAACUUGUUAAAAAUACUAAAAUUUAUUUUUUCAUAUAAGGUUUGAUAAUUUAAAAGUGAUAUUUUUGUUGCGUAAACAAAUUCGUUAGUUUUUUUUGGCCCUACAGUUACAUAACAAGCUUCUGUAGACAAUCUGAAGCAAAACUUCUAUCAAUUUUCUAAAUUAUUUUGAUUUUUUCAAUAAGUUUGCACCUUGGGGGCAAGAUGAGCACUUUUUUAUAAUUUAUGUUAACAAUUUAAAUGUAUAUCGUUUUAAGAGAAAUCCCAGAAAGUAAUUGAACGUUACUAGAAUUAGUUGAAGAUAAAUACCAUCAAAAGUGCAUGAUCAAAAUUUGGGAUAUUACAAGCACUUAAAAAAAAUAACGAUUUUCUAUAAUAAAUUCAUUUUUUUUAGUUUUCUUGAGAAUAAAACAGCUAUUUGGUAAACCUAUUUUUGGAAGUUUUAGUAAUAAUGGCAAAUAUAAGAAUGAUUACUAAUUUAACCAAAAUUAACAUGUUUUAAUAGGCUUAAAUCGAGCUCACCUUUAGGGUGCUCAUCUUGCCCCGGCUAACCCUAUUCGAUGGCCGUUGUCAUGGAAAACAGAUGGUGAAGUAUUUUCUUACCAAUUAUUGGACUGAUGUAGUUAUAAUUAAAAAAAACAUUUAAAAGUUUUUGUGUGGAUAUGACGAUGGACACACCAUUUUUCAUCAUCUAUAGGUAUAUGGUAUUGCAAUGAAAGUCCACACCCAAAUUCAACUCACUACCCAGUCGGCAGAAGUUGACAGAUUUGACUUAAACUUAUUUAAUUCACCACGUUUUUCAAGUAAAAAUUUCUAUAAAAAUUCAAUAUUGUUUUAAGUGCUUAUUUUACAUAAUAUUUUUAAAAACGAAAUAAUAAAAAUUUGGUUGAGUUAAUCAUGAUAAACACUUAUAUACCCGAACAUCAUUUCAAGCAAUAACUUGUAAAUCAUUUGUGGACUAGACAUACAAUUUAUAACAGGUUACUUCAAAACAUUUUUUCGGUUACACAGUACAAGUGAUGAAUUUUAUUGUUUGAGGGUUAAGGUUCGUAAAGGGCAUAUAUUUCACAUAACCCCACACAUGUCACAUAUCGAAAGGAUGUGUGUUGCAUGAAGCAUUUUUCUCAACACUGCCAAUUCAUACUGUCUAAUGUUCAUAAUUUCCAAACUCGAAAGUAAAACUGAUCCGAAAAAUCUUAGUAACCGCGAAUUCUUAUAUCAAUACAGACUUGUAAAGAUGAACGUAAAUCAUAUAAUAACGAAGAUCUCCUGCUCACCGAACCUGAUUAUCGGAGAACUUUAAUUUGUUAACAAAUGAAAAACUUGGGCAAUUCCUUAUGCGACGAUUUCGUUAAUGCAUAAUCCAAAUCCAACGUGCCCAUUCCAAAAUAUUUCAAAUCCGUGUAAAUAUUUUUUCUAAAACAAAAAACAUAAAACAUCAAAUUAAUCAAGUCAUUAUUUGAACAUUAAAGCUGUUUUGUAGUAACAAAUUAAAAAAUACAAAAAAAAGAACACUAAAGGCUCCGAAAAGCAACGUUUGCUUCUUCUCAAAUCUAAUCAAAAUAUUUAGCUAGUGUAAAUAAUUAUGAAUAUGUAAAUAUAAUUAAAAAAUAUAUCAUCGAUAUCAAAAGAACAGGAAACGAAUAGAAACAAAAACAACAAAUUUCGCAUUAUUGAUUUACUAUCAGAAAAGUCAUGGAGUAUCAGGUAAAAUUUAAUAGCAGAGUGAUAAUUCAUGCAUAGCACCGUUAUAAAUACAUCUAAGAGAUAAUAAUCUCGGAAAAAUAUGUUGAUCUUAAGUUUGCGGCUUAUGGAUGGUAAAACAUUCUUGUGGUUAAGUUUAAUUCAAUAGCUUAGUAAAUCAUAUAAAUAAGCAUUUUAUUGUUAACGUUAUGAUUUAGCACAAUCAGCUAGUUUCACAGCGUCAUCGUCAUCUAAGGCCUAUUCAUUUCUAUAAUAAAAUAAUCAUUUAAGUAAUCAAAAUCCGUUCAAAUAGCUCAUGUUUUAUAGGCAGUAUAAACCGUAAUGGAAAUCAUCAUAUGUUACAUUCGCAUAUAAAACAAUUCGAGUCUGUCUAGAAUUAUUAGUAUGCUACGGUACGGUUAUGAUUCUCAAAAACCAAUAAAUUAUUUGAUCAAAUAAAAGUUUAAGAUGGCAUAUCGAUCGAAAGCAAAAUGGAGAGAAGUAUUUGAAGUUAGUUUCACAUUGCGUUGAGUAACUGUUGGCGCUAAGAAACUGUGAGCUCACGCGUUAAAGUAAAGCACUGAAGUGCUCUUUAGUUUCGAUGCUCUUGAUUAUCCCAUAAAACUAUAGGAAAAAAAACAACCAUUUCAUUCGUUUAUUACACCUUUUACAUGAAGAGGGUUCACAACUCAGUGAUUGGUUUGGUACAUCUUUCAGCAACAUUCAUCAGCAAUUGGGAAAAAUAUUUUCAAAUUUUUUCUUCUGCAAAAUUUUACUUCGGCUUUUCCCUCCAUUAUCACGAGAUGGGCUAACAAUUCACUAACAUUGACAUGAAAUGAAGAAGUUCCCGAAGAAGCGUUGAGGCUGGACUUCAACUUUACUGUCCUCAAAGCCCGUUCUUUCUGUACGAGUGAAGCUUUCUGUAUGUCUGAUAAAGCCUGGUUUCUUAA